AUGUCCGAUGCCUGGGACUUUGCAGUCUGCGCGACGAUCCAGCUGCUCAGAGCUGGAACUUCGUAUCUCAAAGUAGAUCCUCCUUAUGUCCUCGACGCCGUCGCCUUUGCACUCGCGAUUCUAGAGGGCGCGAUUUUGUCCAACACGUUGCCCGACCGUCGCAGGCUGACGCUCUAUCCAUCGCUCAUGCUCGUAUUCCGCAUCAUUCUUGACUUUGUCUCGAGCGCAACAACCUCCAACGUCUUUCUGGGCAUGGCUGGCACCCUUGGAGGCUUGUUACUCGGGCCCGUGUUCCACUCGCCAUAUCCGGCCGAUAGCGUCUCAGACGAUGGUCACAAGAUUUCUUCAGCAUCGUCUGUUGGGGGACUGUCGACUAUUCGCGCUAGCUCAAUCGGAGAUGCGCAAACCACGCCCCUGUCGAGCCCACGGCGCGUGUUCACUCCGCCACGGCCAGUCAUGCAUCAUGUUGUCGACAUUGACAAAGAAUCGCACAGACCUGUGCUUUUCACGCCGGCAAUGUCCCUGCGCACCCUGCCCGAAGAUUCGCAACCGGCUCCUUCGAGCAUGUUGAGCUCAUCUGCACGCUCACGAACGCGCGUAGAAGACAGCUUUUCCACGGAUGAGACGAUCAAGUAUCGUCGAGCAAGCAUCAGCCUCGACGAACACAUCGGGCCCUUCUCAACACCUACGCCAACGCAUGACGAAACCGUCUAUCAGGAUGCCAUCGACACGCACACUCCCGGCAAGAAUCUCGUCAAGGAGACUGUCAGAAAGCUCAGAGCUCAGGCCAAAAACGACGACAUCAACCGCAGAAACUUGCUUCACGAACGCGAGCAGGUCCUCCAAGAGGGCGACGUUGCACGCGCCUUUUUGUUAAAGCAUCAGGCAGAGACACUCAAGAAGAGUAUGCAAGAGUCGGACAAGGAGGCUGCAAAGACCAUCUUUGAGUAUUACAACCCCAACGGACGACCAGACAAGUCACGCAUCGACCUCCGUGGUCUACAAGCUUCAGAGGCGAUUCAGUUUUGUGAUGAAGCUCUCAAGGAACUACAAGAAGUUGGCGGAAGCGAGCUCGUCGUGACACUUGGACGAGGAAAGAAUACCGACGGCCCUGGUAAAGGAAAGGUCAAGCCCACAUUACGCCAGUAUGCCAAAGCUCAGGCCAUCCAAGUUCGUGAGUCCGACGACGGCACGACGCUCAUCCUCAGCCUACCAACGAUUCGCUCGCCUAUCUACUACGACUAA